AAAAGAAAAAAAAAAGGAGAAACAGAGGCAAGAGAGGAUCCUUCCCAUCCCCAAAGGAACCCUAAUCUCGAUCUCAAAUUUCGUCGGCGGCGGAACUCCGUCGCGACUAGCCGGAGCAGAGGGGGAGGAGGCUGAGUCCUUGGACAUGGGUGUCAAGCUACCGGAGGAGGGGAAGAAGGCCCUCUCCCUCGCCUAUCGGAGCGGGCUAAAUGCCGUCGAAAGGGGGAAGGCCGUAUCCCUCGCCGUCCACAGCGGGCUCAAAGCCGAGGUCGCCGUCUACGUCGCCGUCCGGAGCGGGCUCGAGGCCGAGCAAGUGAAGAGGCUCGUCGACAACUCCGUCCAGUGCGGACUUGAGGCCGAGGAGGCGGAGAAGAUCCUCCACCUCGCCGUCCGGAGCGGGCUCGACGCCGAGGAGACCCUCUCCGCCGCCAUCCGCACGGGCCUGAAGACCGAGGAGGAGAUACACGCCUGCCUGCUCCAGCAGCUGCUCGCGUCCUUCGACAAGCGAAACAGGAACGACCCCGAGCUGGACAAGUGGAUACGCCCCGUCGACAGGAGCAGAAAUGCCCCCAAGUUCCCCUUCUUCCUCUUCAAGAUGAAGGCGUCCGCCGAGAAAGCGCAGGUGUCAUGGUGGAUGAAGAAGUACGAUAUAUUCCCUCCCGAGCGGCCCGGGUACACCUGCGCCUUGCGGGUCGCGCGCCUGGUGAUCCGACCGGAUGGAUUUCGUCUGGAACAGGCAGGGGAGGGCGGGCAGCCGGGUGCGAUAUCCUACCAUACCGACACGAGUUACAAGAAGUGGCUACGUCCCAAAGAAGGCAUCUUCAAGGAGGGCUCCUCUCUGCCUCUCAGGGAGGUCGCCGUGAUCCAGAGGCUGCCCCGCGGCGAGGGGGUUUCCAUCAUCUCUCAUGUGAAUGGUCUUGGUGUCAAGCUUGGUGAUAUCCUCUUUGUGUUGCACGGCUGGUCUGUAACCGUAGCCCUGAGCUUCACUGAGCGGGAGUUCUAUGUAUCCUCCAAGUUCAAGGAGGAAUCGUUGUACACCAGCACCGAUCUUGAUUUCAUAGACAUUACGGUCCCUGUUGAGAAUCUGAUCAAGAGGCUUUACCAGAUGUAUAAGCUAGAGGAACAAGAUAAAAGGGAAGUGCAGGAGAAACAAGAUAAUCAGCAGACAGCGAAGCUGAUGUGCCAGCAGGAGGAACGGAUGCGCCAGCUAGAGGACCAGAAAAAGGAGAAACUGGAAGUCCGGCAGAGGAGAAGGGCUGAGAGAAAGAAAUAUGAUGGCCUGCAUAUGGAAAUGAAGAAUGUGGUUCGACAGAUGAAGCAAGGAGCAAGUGCUGAAGGAAUACAAGGGCAACUUGAAGAAUUUGAGGACACUUGCUAUUUCGCCCCAAUGCUUUCGCUUUUCGGAGAACCUGAACCUGAUUCGGUGAAACCAUCGGAAGAGAGCUAUGCCAAAGUGAGGGGAUGUGCAAGGAAUCUCUAGAGGUGUAAGCUUAUAGUACAGACCGGUCUGCUUAAUCUUGGUGGUGGUGGAGCCGGGACAGGUAAGGGAACAGAGGAACCAUUGCCUCGUCAGCAUGAGGAAUGACCAUGAAGGUGCAACCCUAUUUCUUUUGUUAUUGUAGCUAUGUUGUUGGAUUUAAUGCUUAAUUCUCGUAGAAGGAUAACCUGUAUCUAACUCCUAACCAAGGAAAGCCCCCAGGAAAAAACAGUAUGGGAGAGGAUACAGGGUCGACUCAUUCAGGGAGCUCCCUCCUUAAUUAAGAAAAAUUAACAAUGUAAUUUGAAAAAACUUCGAUGGUUAAUUAAUAAGAGCCAUUUUGGUCAAAAAAAGUGAAGAGGAAAUAAGUAGAACCAAUAUUUUGCAACCUUGGGUUUCAAUUCGUUUUUACCUUCCAUGUUUUUCUGUAACACACCUUUUGGUUAUUACUGAUACUCAUGUCUACUUUGUGUUUUAGUGAUGAACCAUUUUCAUGUUUGUGUAAACAUUGUUCCAAGUUUCCAACCCCAUAUAUCAUUGCACAAAUUACAUUA